AUGAUUCAGGCAGAGUCUAAGCCACCCACUAAGGAGAAAGAAGUUAUCAAGAAAAAGGAAACAGCUGGAAAGUUGUUUGAGGAAGAUGAGGAGAAUGAAGAUCCAAACUUCCUUGGAAAGAUAACUAAAGCUAAGAAGAGUAAAGGAUCAGCUCAGAAGGAAGCUAAAUUGUGUCCUGACAAUGAUGAAGAUGAGGGCAACAACUCUUGGGAAAUGAUUGAUGAAGAAGCCGAAGAAUCUGUAAGCGAUGCUGAUGUCGAGAUGAUUGGAGACGAUUUCGGAAGUGAUCUGGACUCAGAUGAUAAGGAUGACGAUGACGAUGAUGAUUCGGAUGACGACGACAAUGGAGAUAUCGAGUACCAGGCAGCGAAGCUGGAUAGAAAGAAGGCCAGGAUAGCAGCUGAAGGUGCAGCUGAAUUACGACAGAACUUUGCUGAUGGCGAGAACUUCACUUUGCCUACAGUAGAGGAGAUUGAGCAGGAAGCUAGAACAAUUCCUAACCUUCAAAUGAUCAGAGACAGAAUUCAAGACGUUAUGCAGGUUCUGGGUGAUUUCACUAAGCGUCGCGAGGAGGGAAAGAGUCGCAGUGACUACCUGGAAAUUCUGGCCAAAGACUUGUGCAAUGUCUACGGCUAUAACGAAUACCUCAUGGGCAAAUUCAUUCAGCUCUUCUCUGUGGGAAAAGAAUUGCUGGAAUUUUUGGAUUCCAACGAUGCACAACGUCCAGUCACUAUUCGUACCAACACCCUGAAAACAAGAAGAAAAGAUUUGGCUAAGUCUCUCAUCAGUCGUGGUAUGAAUGUAGAUCCUGCUGCAGAGUGGACGAAAGUGGGUCUGGUGGUGUAUGACUCUCAAGUCCCAGUCGGAGCUACACCAGAAUAUCUUGCUGGACAUUAUAUGAUCCAAGGUUUGUGUUCACUGCUCCCAGUUAUGGCUCUGGAUCCUCAACCACAAGAAAGAAUCUUGGAUAUGUGUUCUGCACCUGGAGGUAAGACAUCUCAUAUUGCUAUGUUAAUGAAGAACACUGGUACUUUGUAUGCCAACGACGUCAACUUCAUGAGAUGCAAAGCCAUUAUUGGUAAUCUGCAUAGACUUGGAGUUAACAACACCGUCAUCAGUAAUGUUGACGCUCAGCAAUUUCCCAAAAUUUCCAUUUACGGAUUCGAUCGUAUCCUUCUCGAUGCGCCUUGCUCCGGAACAGGAGUUAUCUGGAAGGAUCAGAGUGUCAAAAACACCAAAGACAGCCAGGAUAUCCAGCAGAAACAUACCCGCCAGCGUGAACUCAUCUUGGCUGCUCUUGAUGCCUUAGACGCUAACUCAGCCAAUGGAGGUAUUUUAGUGUACUCUACUUGCUCCGUACUGGUGGAAGAGAAUGAAGCAGUUGUGAACUACGCUCUUGAAAAAAGACAUUGCAAGCUUGUUGAUACAGGACUAAAAGUAGGAGUCGAAGGAUUCACCAAGAUUGGUCAUCAUCGCUUCCAUCCCAGUCUCAAGUUAACCAAAAGAUACUAUCCUCACAUUCACAACAUUGAUGGUUUCUUUGUUGCCAAGAUCAAGAAACUCAGCAAUACUCCAUAUGGCAGGAUCACAGUUGGAAUAGUAGCCGCGGAGCGACAUGAAGAGAAUAAGAAGAGAAAGGCAAUCAACAAAGCAAAUAGGGAGGCUAAAGCUCUAGCCAAGGCAGCUCAUAAGGAUGCUCUCCUUGCUAAGAGGAUACAGAAGAAACUUAGGAAGAAGGAUGAGGAAGAGGAAGAUGACGGUGGAAAUACAAAAAACAAAUUAAGAAAAGCAAGAAGAAUAAAAAACAGGAAGAAGAACUUGGAGAAAAUUGCAAAGGCCAUGGAGGAUGAUGGUUUCAACUCCGUUGGUAAUGUGGCGAAGCCAAAGAAGAGGACAGUCACGAAGAUCAAAGUUGGCAAACGUGCAGCAGCUCGAUGUGGAGCUAAGAUGAUCAAGAAGAAGAGAAAGAGAUUACUCGAGAAGAUCAGCGCCGCUGCUAACUAA